AUGAAGAUACCCGGGGCGCAAGGUAAUCCUUGUGCCACAACUCCGCAUAUAUUUCUCGUGCAAUUGCUCCUUCUCUGCCUGUGUUCAUUGUUCUGCACCGGUUUCUCCCAAUCAAACCCUACAAAAUGCCCCGGCAGCUCCAUCGAUAUCCCAUCCCCUUUCAACAUCCCUGGCAACUCGAGCAUCUCGAGGAAUCCAGGCUUCGACAUAUCAUGUGAUUCAACAGGGCCAAUGAUAUCGCUCGGUCGCAAGCAGUACAGGGUCCUGGGCAUCUCGCUGCUCCAGGGCUAUGUACGUGUAACCGGUCACACCGUCUACACCCAGUGCCAGCAGAACGCUGGCCCGGUGACCACAAACUUCAUCGACCUUCGGGGCACGCCUUUCACCUUCUCAGACACACUUAACAAGUUCACCGUCGUUGGCUGUGACUCCAUGGCCAUGAUACAAAGCCCGGACGUAACGAGUCGGUACAGGGGAGGCUGCGUGUCGUUCUGCGCUUCUGAGGGAAGCAUCACCAGUGGCACAUGCUCUGGGGUGGGCUGCUGCCAAGCUUCAGUGCCCGAGGAACUCAAGGUACUGAAGUUAGAGUUUACCAGCAUACGGAGCCAACUCCUGCAGUCCUCCGGAUCUUUGGGGAACAUCAGUAAAAGCAGUAGCGCAUGGUGCAGCAAGGCGUUCAUCGUGGACCAAGGUUCCUAUGUGUUCUCCAGGGAUCACUUGGAUAGAAACCUGACGAACCUGCCAAUGGUACUUGACUGGUCUAUAUCCGGCGGCAACUGCUCAGAGGCGCGUAGUGCACCUCAGACCUACAUGUGCAAGGAGAACACCGAUUGUUAUACCGUGGCAAAUAACACCGCGUACCGCUGCAACUGUUCUGCAGGUUUCACUGGGAACCCUUAUCUGGGAUGCCAAGAUAUUGAUGAAUGCAAAGACAAAAAUAAGUACCCCUGCACGCACAAGUGCAUCAACAGAAUUGGUGGUUUUAACUGUACAUGCCCGAUGGGCAUGACGGGGGAUGGUAAGAAGCAGGGCAAUGGGUGCAGUAGAGAUAAAACACUAUUGAUUGCCGCAGGUGGAGGCCUGCCUUUGCUGCUUGUUCUCCUCAUGCUCGGAUUCUGGACCCAUUGGCUUUUCACGAAGAGAAAGCUUGCGAAGAUAAGACAGAAAUACUUUUUGCAGAAUGGUGGUAUGCUCCUGAAGCAGCAAAUGUUUUCUCAGAGGGCGCCGUUGAGGAUAUUCACGUCUAGCGAGCUUGAAAAGGCAACCAACAGAUUCAGUGAUGACAACAUAGCUGGCCGAGGUGGAUUUGGGACGGUCUACAAAGGCGUUCUAUCUGAUCAAAUGGUCGUGGCGAUCAAGAAGGCGCAGCGAGUUGAUCAGAGCCAGGUGGAACAAUUUGUUAAUGAGAUGGUCAUUCUCUCACAAGUGAACCACGAGAAUGUGGUUCAGCUAGUUGGCUGUUGUCUCGAGUCAGAAGUUCCAUUGUUGGUUUAUGAAUUCAUCACCAACGGGGCCCUUUUUCACCACCUCCACAACACAUCAGCCCCGAUGCCGUGGAAGGAACGCCUAAGGAUUGCAGUGGAAACUGCAACAGCACUUGCAUACUUGCACAUGGCUACAGAGAUGCCAAUUAUUCACAGAGAUGUCAAGUCCUCAAACAUACUCCUCGACGAGAGCUUCACCGCGAAGGUCUCCGAUUUUGGUGCUUCGAGGCCAAUGGCCCAUAAUCAGACCCAUGUGACGACCUUAGUGCAGGGGACACUAGGGUACAUGGACCCUGAGUACUUCCAGACAAGCCAACUGACCGAGAGAAGUGACGUCUACAGCUUUGGUGUAGUACUUAUCGAGCUAUUGACAAGGCAGAAACCAAUAUUUGGCGGUAAGAUGGAUGAGGUGAGAAGCCUAGCAUUGCAUUUCAGUAUACUAUUCCAUGAGAACCGGUUGUCUGAAAUUGUAGAUCCUCAGGUAGACGAGGAAGCUGGGGCUAGACAUGUUAAAACUCUGGCACAGCUGGCCUUGCGAUGCUUAAGGCUGAAAGGUGAGCAGAGGCCAAGGAUGGUAGAGGUUGCAGUCGAACUUGAAGCGCUGCGAAGACUAAUGAAGCAACACUGCUUAGUCAAUCCCGAAGAUUGAACAAGAGUGUUGUGUGGCAGACUUGCUAGACUUCACAAUUUCAGAUUCAGUUGGUAUAUUGAUGUGGAAAGAUGUGUGAAACAACACCGAGAGCAAAUAAGAGCCUCUUCUUGAGAGUCUCAGUGCGACG